AUGAUUCAACCAAGCUACGAUGAAACCGUCGAGGCAAUCAACAUAGAUCCGACAGAACUUAAGGAGAUCAAGGUGAUGGUUUCUCAAAUUCUAAAGAAUACAAUGAGACCUAAAGCACAUGAAGAAGGGACAGCCCCUCAUGAAGACGUUGAUCAAGAUUUCGUUGGAGAUUUUCCAGCAUGUGAUCUAAGCGAAGUUAGCUACAUAGGCUCACAAUACCAAAAUCUUGGGACUAGGAAUCACGGCCCCCAUUACAGUCCUAAGGAACGUUUUUAUACUAAUCAAAACGUGUCUCAAGAGACCAAUACCCAACCUAAGCAACAGUUUGCUAAUGGAGUUCAACACACUCAUGCGACUGGUUUUCAAGGCGUUGAAUCAAGAGAAAUUUCGGAGGAAGAUUUUGAGCCUUUGAUCAAUGAAUUUCACUAUGAACUCGAUAAGUUCAGAAAAGAAAUUCAUACUAGGAUGGAUAUAUUGGGACAUGACAUUAACAACAAGAUAGAAGAGAUUUCAUCUCAUGUUAAGCAAAUUGACCUCCAAAUCGCUUAUAUCGCCGGUACCAUUGGAAAACUGGAUGGGUUUCUUCCUGGAAAAGUUGAGGUGAAUCCAAGAAGUGAACACGUGAAGGUCAUGACAUUGAGAAGUGGAACACAACUAGAUGAAGUGUUAAUGCCAAAAGAAACCGGCGACAUUGUCAUAGAAGUGUUAGAAGAAGAUAAAGCACCUAAUGCAGAACCAGAGGUAACUCGUGUUUACAAGCCUAAGAUACCAUUCCCAAGUGCUUUGAAAAAGCCGAAGAAGGAGAAGGAACAAGCUAAACUAAAAGAACUUCUUUGA